AUGGUCUCAAAGCGUAGAUAUAAAUAUCUAAGGUUUACAAAGUUGAAAGAAGUAUUUAAAGGUUAUGGAAUGACAGAAUGCGGAGAUAUUACUUCAGAAAAUUGGGGCAAAAAAGGACCAAAGCCAGGCAGCGUCGGUGUGGCUUCACCCGGAAUCGUUAUAAAGGUUACAGAUCCUACAACUGGCAGAACACUUGGUCCAAAUGAAAGAGGUCAAAUACGAGUUAAAGGCCUCGUUAUGAACGGCUACAUAGGAAUCGACCCUUCCACGUACUUGGAUGAGGAGGGCUUCCUCAAAACUGGCGAUUUGGGAUACUACGAUGAUGAUAAAUACUUUUAUAUCGUUGAUAGGAUUAAAGAAAUCCUUCGUUAUGAUGGUGAACAGGUUUCACCAUUAGAAUUGGAAACAAUACUACAAUUACACCCAGAUGUGCUUGAAGUUGUCAUAGUCGGUAAACACAGCAAGGAACUUGGCGAUAUGCCUACAGCAUUUGUCGUAACAGUGCCUGGUGCUAAGGUCACUGAACAGGAAUUGAUCAAUUAUAUGGUCGGUGAGGUGCCGCCAUUCAUGCAUCUAUGGGGUGGAGUGAAAUUCUUUUCUAAACUGCAAAAUCCCCGGGGGAAAAUUCUCCGCCGUGAAUUAGGAAAACUAUUGAACAAUGAAGGAAAUUAA